AUAACCACUACUUUCCCAGGUUUGUAAUAAAUUUAGUAUGUGGAAUCGGCGAGAUUCUGGUUCUUUCAAAAGUAGCGUCUUGAGUCAUCAUCUUUGAAGUGAGUUUUAAAAAAGUUUUAUGUCAUUGUAUUCUGCAUUGGUCCUAUUUAUGAUUUUUUGUGUUAGGAUUCACGUUACCUAUGUUGCGAGUAUUAAAAAGUAUACGCCAUAAGUGCUUAAAUAAGCCAAACAAAAAUGUGAUGUGAAAGUACAGAAGUAAAUGAUGAUAACUGCUAACAUAACGCCAAACAAAUUUAUUUCAUGAAACAACAGUCAGUCUCGAAGAAUUCUAUACACUAUUUGCUGAUUUUGCAAGGGACAUACCUGCUUAGUUUAAGAUGUGUGUUAAUUUUAACUAAACACGUCUAAUGGGCAACUUCAUUGCGCACGAUCACAUUUCUGUUUGGGUUAUUUAAUCAGCUUCACUUUUUUGUUUCGUGUGAUUUAAGGAGUUACGGCGUUUACUUCGCUGGACCUAUUUGCCAUGUCAUAAUGUUUCAAUUGCUUAUGUAAUAACAGAUGUUAAUUAUAAUACUAUAAAUUUUUAAGAAUAUAGGCAAUGGCGGCAGGUCCUAUUUCUGAACGCAAUCAAGAUGCGAUGUUUAUGUCGGCACUGGAUGAUAAAGUAGCAGAGCCUUUGCUGUGGGAAUUAUUUUUACAAGCAGGUCCUGUCGUCAACGCACACACUAUGCCAAAAGAUCGCUUACAGGAGCACAUCAGGCGGUAUGGGUUAUGGGUUGAAUUUCUUGGUGAAGAUGAUGCUGAUUAUUCAAUUAAAAUUUUGAACAUGAUAAAUUUUGGCAAACCUAUUCGAGUUAACAAAGCUUCUUUCUCAUCAGAAGAAUUAGAUGUUGGUGCAAAUCUUUUCAUUGGAAAUAGAUCCAGAAAUGAUGAAAAAUUAUUAUAUGAUACCUUUAGUGCCUUUGGUGUCAUUCUACAGACCCCUAAAAUUAUGCGUGAUCCAGCAGGAAAUUCGAAGGGAUUUGCUUUUAUUAACUUUGCCAGCUUUGAAGCAUCUGAUGCAGCUUUGGAAGCUAUGAAUGGACAAUAUUUAUGUAAUAGGGCUAUCACAAUUUCGUACGCAUUUAAAAAGGAUUCUAAAGGUGAGCGUCAUGGCAAGUGCAGCAAAGAGUUACUGGCAGUUCAGAAUCCUCUUUCUCAGGCAGACAGACCCACACAAUGUUUGCAGAAUGCUCCUGUUAUCCACAGCCUGGCUAAAGUAAAUUCAAUUAUGGGUAAUGCACCAAUGCCAAUGGGAAUGCCACCACCACCAGGUCCACCAAGCAUGAUGCCUUAGCCUCCAAUGCCACCUAUGGGUAUGGCUCCAUGCCCUCCUCCUCCAAUGCCACCAGGUGGCCUUUCGCAAACCUAUGGAUGGUAUGAAUUCACAAAUGAAUAUGCCAAUGCCUCCAUGGGCCACACCCCCUAUGGGAAUGGCGCGGACCGCAUGGCAUGAUGGGCGGCCCACCUCGCGGCCCCACAAUGGGUCCUCCUGCUCCAUGGGGUGCUCAGGUCAUUUUCCUCCCAUGCCACCUCCCGGUGGACAUCUUCCGGGCCACCUAAUGCGUGGCCCACCACCGCUCCAAACAUGGAUGGAGCAGAAGGAACGAAUAACUGGAAUCAUCACUACCAGAAAAAGGAAAUCAAUCAAGUUGAUAUCUUUUGAAGACAUUGAAGGAUGGGAGAUGAACAGUACAUUUACAUUCCAUAUUAAUUUAUGGCUGUAAUAUAGGCAAACCACAGGGUGGAUAAAUAUAUUGUUGUAUAUUGAUUGUCUCGAUGACAAAUAUGUUCAUCCCAGUUUGCAAACCUGAAGAUGUUCCAUCUAAACAAAAUUUUGUUCUUGUAUCACUAUACAUGAACACUUUUGCAAAGCCAAAUCUCUUAAUAAGAAUAGUUAUGUAUUAUCUGACUCUGAUUGAUAUUCAAGCCAACUUAUUGGUAUGCGCCUUGCUUUUUACUUUAUGAAUAUUGUCCCAUGAAAAUAAGUUUGAAAUUGAACAGAUUGAAGUGAAGUGAAAAUAUCUUAUGACUUUUUAGUUUGUGGAUGCCAAGUGUUUAUAUUGUUAUUGUGUGCAUAUCACAAGUUAUACCAUAAACAUGCACCUAAUUGCUAAGACAGAUUUGUAAUAUUAUUUUGGUCUUCUUGGAGGUUGUUUAUGCUGUCUUUCAAGAAAUCUUUCUUCUCAACUGUUUGAAUCAUACUAUUGAGCCAUUUCUUAUGUGGAAAUAAUCUUUUUUA